CGAAGAUGCCACAUUAUUGUACCAUUGAUUCGGCCGAAAGAAAGGGCAUGUACUAGGAGUUCAAGAUAAGUAUAAAAUGGUCCGUUUAUCAUAUGGAUUCUCUCACGGAACUCUAGAUGCUUUCUUUUUAUCAAAAGUUUUCCAGAUACAGGAAACAUGACACAACUUAGGGUCCUCAUCUGCGGCGCGGGCAUCGCAGGUAAUGCCCUUGCAUUCUGGCUAUCAAAGCUCGGCCAUAGCACCACCGUUAUUGAGCACUUUCCAAGUCUGCGUGCCACGGGGCUACAAGUCGAUCUUCGCGGACCCGGGAUCCAAGUGAUGCAAAGAAUGGGUCUCGAGACAGCUUUCCGGGCUCGGUCAGUCCCAGAACAAGGCUUGCAGCUUGUUGACCGAAAGGGAAGACGAUGGGGAUAUUUCCCUGCAAACAGAUCGGGCAAGGGAUUGCAAAGCUUCACCACCGACUUUGAGAUCAUGAGGGGUGAUUUGUGUCGGCUUCUCCACGACGCUACCAAGGACCGUGCCAAGUACGUGUUCGGACAGUACGUGCGGCGGAUCGAGCAGACGGAUGAUUUUGCAGAAGUCCUUUUUUCAGAUGGUAGCAAGGAGCGGUUUGAUCUCGUCGUUGGUGCUGAUGGCCAGGGAUCUCGCACCCGAAAAAUGAUGCUCAAUGCCGACGCUGCAGAUCCUUUUCACCCCCUCGGAGCAUACGCAGGAUAUUUCACAAUCGACCAGGAACUUCAAGAAGGGGAAGGGUACAACGCCACUGCAUUUAUCGCUACGCAGGGCCGAGGUAUCAUGACUCGCCGACAUGAUCCUUCCAAGUUCCAAGCAUAUCUCUUCUGCAACCCAGGCUCCUCAGACCGACUCAAACUUGCCAGCAAGGGCGACACCGACGAAGAAAAACAGGCACUGGCAGAGGUCUUCCACGGUGCAGGGUGGCAGACUGAACAGAUUCUCAAGGGACUGGCACGUUCCGACGACUUCUAUUGUGAGCGGAUCGGCACCGUCCAGCUAGACCAUUGGUCUCGUGCUCGCAUUGCGUUGGUUGGAGAUGCAGCCUAUUGCCCGUCCGCCAUGACGGGAAUGGGCACAACCUGUGGCAUUGUUGGUGCCUACAUCCUAGCUGGCGAGAUUGAAAAAUUCUGUGGCAGGGGCUCUAAAGAUGCAGAUGUAACAGUUUCCAAAGAUAGUAUCACAACUGCAUUGAAGUCAUACGAGCAAAAGUUGAGGCCCUUUAUGGACCAGGUCCAGAAGGGAUUAACGGAUGAUCAAAAUUAUAUGGACAAAUUCCCGUCGUCGUCCUUUGGAAUCGCUUUUAUCUACGCCAUUUUCGGGAUUGCCUCUUUCUUCCGGCUGGACUUUAUUGCUCGAUGGAUCCUGCGUGAAGAUAUCAAGGGGUGGGAACUUCCAAAGUAUCAAGAGAUGCUGAUAAAUGUGCUUGAUACUUAG